UUAAAUAAUAAUCAGAAACGGCAAUAUAGCUAGCGACAAAUCCUGCUAUUGAGUGAUUCCAAAUAACGUGCAGCAUUAGCUAGUUUUACUUUUCUUUACGUGGAUCUGGACUUGGCAUUUGCUGCUGAGAAACGCAAAAUAAAUGCAAAGAAUUUUCAAAUGGAUGCAAAUAAGAGCUUCAAAUGCAAUGAACCCGGCUGUGGCAAGGCCUUCUGGUAUAAGGCGGCAUUGAAACGACAUUUAAACACGCACAAGGAGAACGAUCCCGAUGCACCCAUCGUUUCGUGGGGCUGCAACAAUUGCACGAAAAUGUUCACAACAGUCGAAUCGCUACGACGGCAUUUCAAAACUGCCCAUGGCUCUGUCAAUGUCUAUCCCUGUCAAUAUGAAGGCUGCAACCAGAUGUUUCAGCGCAAGGAUAAUUUGACGCGUCAUACGGCCUCGCAUGAAGACAAUAAGCAUUGUUGCGACACCUGUGGAAAGUCCUUUGCCCGCAAGGACGCACUGACAAGGCACAAAGUCAUUCAUACACGGAAGGCCCAAGCAGCCGAAAGUACAUCGAAGCAAAACCAAACUAGAUUGAACUCUGUUCUCGCCAAGCACAGAUCUGUGGGCUCUUCGGUCUGAGAGUAAAAAGAAGCAAGUUCGCAAAAGGCGUUAGAAAUUAAGAAGGUUAAAAAGCAUUUGAAAUACAAAUUUCUUACAAUAAAUUUGAAGCUUU